AUGAUCAUAUUUGCUCUCAUUCUGGUCUUGACUGUCCUCGGUGCCCUCAAAAUAUGCGGCAUCUAUCUGCGUGCUAGAAAGUCUUCCCAACGAGCUGGCCUCGGAUCCGAUGUAUCCCUUAAGCGUAUCAUUGGCUUCUUCCACCCAUACUGCAACGCUGGCGGCGGCGGAGAACGAGUGCUAUGGACUGCGAUAGCCGCAAUGCAACACUCGGAUCCGAAUCUGCUAUUCGUUGUGUAUAGCGGGGACGUAGAUGCUUCGAAGGAGGAAAUUAUUGCAAAGGCAAAGUCACGGUUCGCCAUUACUCUCGACCCAUCAAGCCUCCAUUUCGUGUUCUUGAAAUCGAGGGUCCUGGUCGAAAGCACAACAUGGCCGUACUUCACAUUGCUGGGGCAGAGCUUGGGGUCGAUGUACGUGGCCCUCGAGGCAAUGGCAUCUCUUCUGCCGGACCUCUACAUCGACACCAUGGGCUAUGCCUUCACAUUCUUUGUCGUUUCGUGGCUAUGCGGCGUACCGGCCGGUGCCUAUGUGCACUACCCGACAAUCAGCACCGACAUGCUCGCGCGCGUGCGCUCGAGGAAGAAGUGGCACACGAAUCAGAGCAGGGUCGCGGAGUCGAGCGUGCUGAGCGGCGUCAAGUUGCUCUACUACCGGCUGUUUAUGUACUACUACGCGGCUGCGCUGCGGCAGGCGUCGUUUCUGAUGGUGAACUCUUCGUGGACGAAAGCCCAUGUGGACUCGAUCCUCAAGCACUCGGACAUCACGAUCGAUAUACUGCACAAGCUCGUAUUGUUUCCCUUCAAACUCAUCUUGCCAGCCCACCAGAGUCCCGACAACGCGGCAAUUGUCUACCCCCCCUGCGACACCAAGGAACUCGCUCAAUUUCCGCUGGAAGGCCGGGAGCACACGAUCUUGAGCAUUGCGCAGUUCCGACCCGAGAAAGAUCAUUCCAUGCAGUUGCAAGCCUUUGCAGAGUUACUCCGCGAGCACCCGCAGUACGGCUCGUCGGCAAAGCUGGUUUUGAUUGGUGGAGCGCGCAACGACGAAGACGAAGCCCGAGUGGGGGCAUUGAAGGAAGAGACAACGAAGCUAGGGCUCCAAGCAAACGUCGUGUUUGUGGUGAAUGCCCCGUACCCAGCUAUGCUGGAAUGGCUCCGCAAGUGCAGCAUCGGCGUGAACACGAUGGUCGACGAGCAUUUCGGGAUCAAUGUGGUGGAGUACAUGGCUGCCGGUGCGAUUCCCGUAGCGCAUGCGUCGGGCGGGCCGCUGAGGGAUAUCGUGGUGCCCCUUGAGGGCGAGCGCACAGGGUUCCAUGCUACGUCGGCGGCGGAGUACGCGUCGGCAUUUGAUGCGGUCUUCGCGCUCUCGGAGGGAGACGAGAUUGCGCUGCGGGCGAGGGCGAGGCGGUGGGCUGUGGGGCGGUUCUCAGAAGACGAGUUUGUGCGUGGGUGGCAUGAGAGCGGGUGGAGGCGGUUCCUGGCGACACCAGAUGCGUAG